UCAUUUUGACAGCACACCCAGCAUGUUUGUUAUUGUAUUAACUUGAUAACCUCUGAUCUAUUAAAUUAAAAUCACCAUUAACACGACGAAGUUCAGUAAUAAUUAAACAUCGUUCAAAACGAGUGCCAUAACCUCAAAUAUGGGUAGAACUUGUUUAGUUUGUGUAGAUUUCUGGAAGAAAUUUAUUUGUUCUUUGUUUGUUGUGGUUGUGCUUCAAAGCGGGAUGGUCUUCAACACCGAAGUUUUUGAACUUAACAAUAAGUGCUCUUAUACGAUGAACAAAAUAAUAUUGACAUGCGUUGGUUUAGAGGUGGUGGAUAAUAGUUUGGAACCGUUCGUAACCAACUCUACCCAAAUAUUAAUUUUAAAAAAUUGCAAGAACAUUACUUUGGCAGAAGAUGCUAUAUUUCAUAACAAACAUCCGAAUUUAAAAACCUGCCAAAUAAUAUCCAGCCUUAGUCUUGCUCUUAGCAAGAAUGCCUUUUUUGGACUGGAUAAUUUAAAAUAUCUACAGCUUAACAAGAAUCCAUGGAAAGAAAUACCAGAAAAUACUUUUAAAGAUUUAUCUGAUUUGGAGGUAUUAAAUGUAGCAGAUAAUAAAAUCAAAUUAUUAAACAAAAAGAGCUUUGCAAAUCUUUUUCGAUUAAAAAGUUUGGAUUUAUCGCAGAACAGUUUGGAAACUUUACCUUCGUAUGUUUUCGAAAACUUAAUGGAACUGGAAAGUUUGUACUUGAAUGAAAAUAAGAUUCAAAUAAUCGACGAACAUACUUUUUGGGGCUUACCUGCUUUAAACAUUCUGUUUUUAACAAAAAACAAUCUGGAAACAAUAGACUGUGAAGUUUUUAAUAACUUGAGGAAUCUGGAGUAUUUAUAUUUAGAUUAUAAUAAUAUAACUUAUAUUUCCGGAGAGCUUCGGCUUUCCAAGCUAAGGUUUUUACAGCUUAAUAAUAAUAACUUAACAAAUUUACCUGAUAAGGUUUUUGAAAAAUCCAGUAACUUAAUAUCAAUAGAUUUAUCUCAUAAUAAGUUAGAAAAUUUGUCAGAAAUUCCUUUCUUAAAAUUGACUGGUUUACGACAUUUAAAUUUAUAUGGAAACCACGUUUACAUGGAUAUGUUUAACAGCUUAAAAAAUUCUACGUUUAUAACUCAUGAUUACCAUUAAAUAAUUAUUAAGUUACCGUUACUUUAUUUAAUUUAGUUACCUCAAAUUGUAUAAACUUAAGAUUGUUUAAUUUAUUUAACUAUAUUUUGUAAAUACGUUGUUCUGUGUUUU